AUGCGUUUUUCAACGAUUGUGUCUGCCCUGGCAGUGUCAACAGGUGUCUUCGCAGCUCCCACACCAUCUGAACUCGAUGCUCGCGCUGUAGUCAACCAUGACUCUUUGAAUCCGAUCCAUACCCGUGUGCAAGGUGGAGCGAUUGGACGUGCUAUCGAGAGGUUCCAACCCUUACUCCACAUCGCCCACGGUUGUCAGCCAUACACUGCUGUUGAUGAUGCCGGAAAUACCAGUGGUGGUCUCCAGGAUACUGGCAACGUCAGUGCUGGGUGCCGAGACCCCAACAAGGGUCAGACCUACGUCAGAGCGGCCUGGCACAAGGGCAAGUUCGCCAUGAUGUUCGCUUGGUACUGGCCGAAGGAUCAACCAGCCGCUGGCAACGUUGCUGGCGGUCACCGUCACGAUUGGGAAAACGUUGUCGUUUGGAUAGACAACCCCUCGAACGCCAAUCCCCGUAUUCUAGGCGCCGCUGCAUCUGCCCAUGGUGGUUACGCGCCUACUUCUACCCCAAACAGGAGAGGCGACAAUGUCCUAGUAGAAUACUUUGUCGAAUUCCCAAGGAACCAUGCGCUUCAAUUCACUGAAACAGUUGGACGUACUUACUGGAUCAGCGAUUACGAUGUUAUGCCCAACGCGGAGAAACAAGCUCUCGCAAGCACAACAAUCUUCGGAGACGCAAACGUGCCUUUCAGGCCUGAUAACUUCGCCACCAACUUGGACAACGCUUUCGUCUAG